AUGUCACGGCAGUUGUGGCUCAAUGUUUGCUCAGGUUGCAAAUUCGUUCCCUUGAAUCGUGUUUUCACGGGUGUCAGAGCCAUUAGCUGCAGCAUGAGCUGGUUCCCGAACAGGUUCUGCGCUCGCCUCAAGCUGCCGCUGCAGCCGCGCAUGACACGGACCUGGUUCCGCAGUAUCGGGUUUCUUGCCAAGCUGCUGGGCAUGGACGUGACCUCGCUGAGAGGAGAGGCUUCUGCGCUGGUGGGCCCUGCAGGUGCCAGUGGGACCGAAGCGGCGGCUGAGCUGCGAAUGUCCUGGCUGCAGGAGGCAUUGGUGCCCCAUGCGAUGCAGAAGGGGCUCAUUACGCAGGCGCUGCUCCAGCCAAAGCCGCUUCUGCAGCUGGGAGCGCUGGUCCUGCUUCUAGCGGCCUUGGAGCGCCUGCAACGCGCGCUCCGUAGCCCGGACUGGAUGCCAACGGAGCGGGAGGAUCUGCAAAAUCGGAUCCAAGGACGGCUGCCAGACCUCAACACGCUGCUGCUUCUGUGGCAGAAACUGUCGAAGGAUGGUGAGACUUCAGCGGGAAUCACUGAGACACAACCUGCUGGUGCGCAGCACUCCCAAAGGUCAGAAGACACGGACGCAGAAGAGGAGCAGAAGGGUGGCCAAGCCGUCUGCGAGGUGUUGGAGGAAGACGUGGUGACACUGCUUGGCUUGCCAGGUCCCUUGGCGAGCCAUACGAUUUUUACCACAUGGUGCAAGAAUGCACAGAGGUACAUUGAGGUUCUUCCGCAAAGUGCAGCAGAUGUCAAGUUUGAUUGGUCUAAACUCCUCUCGGCCGUUGCAUCGCCUCUGCUUUCUGGCCAAGGCCCGCCACUCUCCGCCGAGAGGCUCAGAGCCUGCGUCCAAUGUGUUGGCGCUGCCAUGCAGGCAAGGUCUCUGUCGCUGCAGCUUUCGAAAUCGCAGCGAGUGUGGCUGGAGACCCUCCUCCAACUUCGGUCUGCUUCAUCGGAUGACGAGCUCUGCAGCGACUGCACAGAGCAGCUGGUUCGUUUCAUCGGGGACCGCAAAGUCUGUGGCCAUGAGCAUCAGGUUGAGCUGCAAAAGCUCCUUGCGGCUACGAAGAAAUGGCCGCAGAGUGUUGGCUUCUUCUGCCAGGCUUUGCAAUCUGUGCUGCUGCGGCCUGGGUUCUUCUUUUCAGAGAUCGAGGAGAAAGCAUAUGACUCCUUGCUGCUUCUCGCUCUGGUGCGGCAAUUGGCACGGCGUGACCCGCAGGGCCUCGGCCUGCCAAGCAACGCUGCCAUGGACGACCGUCGGAGCAUGGCGAUAAUCUGUGCGAAGAUGACAAAGCAGUCCAUGGUGCAGCUUGCCAUGCAGCUCCCCGCUACCGCGCAGCCCCUGGCAGCCCUCGUUCGAGGUGCUGGGGAGUGGAUUGCUGGUACUGUUUCGGUGGGAGAAACUCAGCCAAAAGAGGAUGCAGCCGUUGCAUCUCAAGGAGAUCCUGAAGGUGCCGAGGGCAUCCGGCAGAGCCUGUUGGAGAAGCUGGAAGGCGUUCAGAAAUCCCAGAAGCGGAAACGUGAGGAGGCGACGGAGGUGAACGGAAUUGAGGGGCUCGGAGACGAUGCCGCAGUGACCGAUGCCCUCAACGAUCUGUGCAAGGAUGGGGCUCUUCAACUUUUCUUUCAGCUGGAUUCACAGCAGAGGUCGAAGGUACUGCGCACCCUGGCAUCAAGAUCCGAUGCUGCGUCGGCGGCUGCCUUCAACAAGGUGCUGAGCUGUGACUCGGAGUCCCUCCUCCGUUUGGCCUUGGAGGAAGAGCCAACACAGUUCACUCCUCCUCACGCCAGCCUAACCUCUGGUGUGGCAAUGCUGCUUGAGCGGCUGUGUCAUCUGAACCCAAAGCUCAAGGAGGCAGUGGCUUCCCAGCUAUCCUGGCGCACGGGAUCCCCUGCAAUCAUGCUACGUUUGGCAGCAGCCUUGGCCCCGCUCGAACAAGUAGCCUGGAUGGAGGAGGCACCCCCUUCGCCUUCAGAGCUGCUGCCGCUUCCGAAAGAGGAUCACUUGGUUGAACUGUUUGCCACUACACCUAUGCCUGUUCUCGAGAAGACCGUGUUGCAAGCUCUGGAUGCAAAGGAGAAACCGCACGCUGGUGCGACGCGGUCCCGGCGUCUGCAGCUGCGGCUGGAGCUGCGCCGAGGAAACUCGCCGGCCCUGGGUUCGGCUCUUGGCAAUUUCCUUGACGUCGUCGGGCCCAUGAAAGCCGCCGAUCACAAGCUAGUCGCCGAAGCCCUCGCGCUCGACAAGCUUGUCUUCAGCUCUGCUGAGGAAGCGCUGAAGCAGUAUGUCCAGGCCGGCGUGGCAGCCCCGGACAAACGCCAGUCGGUGGCGGCCCUGCUCGGUGUCCUCCAAGUCCAAGCACGUGCACAACCCUGGGAAGUGACAGCAGCGCGGCGGCUGAUCACCGAUGCAGGUGAGGAGGGCGAAGUGCCCGAGUGGAUGCUGGAGCAUGCAGUGUGCUGGUGGGCCGAUCUUCUCGCCUCCCAGCCGGAGAGGUUGCAGGACUUCGUGCAAUGUGUGCAGACCAGCUACGGCGCCUCGCGCUCCCGAGGGGAUCUCCUUCGGCGGCAGCUGCUCGUGGCUUGGGCGGCCGAGGACGCCUCCGUCUCCAUCCAGGUGCCUGAGGCUCCUGAACAGGAGCUCUGGGCGUUCCGAGCCUGGGUCGGCAAGUUGGAGUCCUGGGUGCCUGUCUGGGGCUGGGACCUGGAUGCAAGAAGGCUCAGGGCCACGACCGAAAGCUUCAGCUUCGACCGCUCUUCCAUCGACCCUUUGCCUCGCCUCGAUGUGCCAGAUGCCCGGCAGGAGAGGCUAAAGGAGGCAGAGUCCUACGACAUUGCAUACCUCCUCCCCUUCUUUGCUGGCCAGCUGCGUGCGGCCUUCAUGCAGAGCGGAGCCAACUCCAAGGCAGCCUGGGGCCCCGCGCUGGGCGCCCUGAUGUGCGGAGGAGCGCUGGAGCUGCUUUUGCUGGGCCUCGCAUGUCGGGGGCUCGGUGCAAGGGGCUUCAAGCAGUUCCGGGGUGUCCUGAGUGCCUGCGCUUCCGAUCAUUUGCCGAAGGCUGCGACACCCUCCUCCGUGCCUGCGCUUUUGAGGCCGACUUUGUGCAUCGUGGUUCGGGGUUGA